CGCUGAUUUAAACUGUGUUUGACUCAACGGGGAAAGGACUAAGUUGCUCCAUUUCUGCAAACAAUUGACUGUUUCCGCAUAUAAAAUUGCUGAAUUUGUCAAAUCUGUAAAAAUACACGUUGUUGUUGCAGCGACGGUGAGAGCAAAGGUCUGUCGUGUUGACACAGUAAUUCAGCAAUAAUAUAUUUAUGGACAUUCAAACGUAUGAACGUGUUUAGACUGAAAAUAAGGUAAUGUCUUUUCAAAGAAGCACAUAACGGAUCUUCAAACUGUUGUAAUUUUCAGGGUGAAAUAUGCCCUUGUUCCGGCAACUCGAGCACACACUGGAAAGGGAAUGUCAGAGGAAGAAAAAAUGCAAGAGUGAAUUGACUGAGGAUGAGGACAAACCAUCCACACUGACUGGCCUUUGUCUUCAAAGCCUAGCCGAGAACAUUAAGGAGAUGUGGGCGAAAGAUUAUGCCCAAAAAUACAUGGACCAGUAUUUCUUCAGAUACGUCAUGGGUCCCUUCAGCUCAUUGCCUGGUGAUUUGCUGGAUGAGCUGUUGUGCAUCCUGUCCUCGCGUAAUUUGUUGACACGUGCUGCCCUGCAUCUCCUUCUCCUCCCGCAGCUGAGCUGGCUAUCCCUCACAUCAGCAUGCAGCCUCAUCAAUGCCAACCUUUGCUCUCUCAUCCAGAUACGCUGCCAGAAUCUUCAGUCUCUGGAUCUUAGUGGCGCACAGAAUAUAUCUGCAUCAGUGUUGUGUGAGCUCCUGGGGAGCCAACCUCGUCUCCGUUUCCUCUCCCUAGCUGGAACCCUGUGUGAUCAGAGAGUGGUAUCGGUGGUUUGCCGCCAAUGUCCCAAGCUGAAACACCUGGAUGUGUCGCGGUGUCUUCACCUCACCCCUGAAGCCCUGCUCCCUCUGGCCUACCAUGAACCCCUUGUCAAGAAUGCAAACAUCUUCAGCAGCCUGCUAGCUUUGGAUAUUGGUUUAGCAGAAAAUGAGAGAGAUGCGGUUGCUGCAGUUGCAUUCCUCCUGCUCAGCUUACCUGGUCUUCAGAGGUUGGCAGUGGAGGGACUGGGACAGGCUUGUGUUCUCAUACAAAACAAGCAGUUUGAGCUGACUGAGGAGUUCACUAGUCGAGAGGGUGUGCCACUUCUUAAAGACCUGUGGGCCAAACGGACACAGGAAGACCACUUGAAAGAAAGCAGUUUACUGAGCACAGAUGGAGAGGAAAGUUUUACUUUGGAAGGAAACAUAGAUGAAUAUUUAUCAUUAGAGGAGAGUCAGACAGAUACUAGUGAUAGUACUGAUAUAAAUGAAUGGACAAGGGCUUCAGGAGAGGGUUGUGAAAAAGAUGGAUGUAGAAGUAGAGCUUGUAAUGGAAGGGAUAGUGUGACAACAUCUCUCAGGGAUGUACAAGGACUGUCUCUGGAUACCUUAGAGGCAGUGGGGAAGGUCUGCCCUGAACUGCGUGUGCUGUCUUUGGACUGUCUCCAGAGCAGUGUACAUGAUAAUGUUGACAGCUUUGAACGGGCAACAGUUUUAGCCAGAGGUCUUGGUAGGUUUUCUGGACAGCUACACUGUCUUUCUCUACAGUUUGCUGGUCUUCUGUCUGAACUGGUUCCAGCACUUAAAGCCGUAGGCUCACAUCUGCUCUCACUCACCUUGGAAGGCAUCAAAGCUGAUGGACAUACUCCUCUUCUGGAGCUCAUUCAUGCCUGUCCCAGACUCACUUCUCUCACUAUUCAUUUAGACCCACCCAGGAAUAAUUGGGAUGGAGACGAUGAUGAGGAAGAGGAGGGUGAAGACGAAGGCCUUCUUUCUAAUCUGCCAUGCAUUCCACACCUCCGCUCUUUAACACUAAAUUUUCCCCUGGAUGAACGACAAAUGAAGCCUGCAUUGUGUUGGAGGUCUCUGAAGGGAGCGCUGUGGGCACUACUUAGAGGCGCUUCACUCCUUCAGAAGCUCUCGCUAAUCGCUGUUCCCUGUCGACUUGACCCUGUGUUCAGUCUUGUCCUGAAUCAUCCAGCCAAACCCCUCGGAGCCCUAGACAGUCCCCCACUGCACUGCCUUAGAUCUGUUAGCCUUAACCGCUCAGAUAUCACUAUGGAGACUGUAGUUCAUAUUGUAAACACUUGUUGGCGCUUGUCUCAUUUGGAUUUGAGUGGCUGCUGGGCAUUGACUUUGAGCAGUAUCACAAAGUUACAAUGCAAAGCCAAAAGGAGGCGCCAUACACUGCAAAUAACAUGGACAUGAGCUAGGGAAAGAAAAGGCCAUGCUCCGAUUGAAAAUGGGUUGUACUGUCACUGUAAUUUUGUUGAUUUAUAUUUUGUCUUUAACAGGCACCUAAAAUUUUACAUAUUCUAUGAAACGGAAAUAUUCUAGGAAAAUAUAUUAAUGUAUAUAAUUUAUUACUGAUACAAAAAUAAAACUAAUACAAUUAACCCAAAUUACAAAGCACUGCUCAUGAUCAGAUUUAUAAAUUGUCCUUUUCUAAUUUUCUAUCCAAAUAUACACAUGGCUUUCGAGAUUUAGAAUUAUGUUUACUACAACCCAUCUAUAUUUUUGGACCUGUAUUAAUGUUUUGUUUUUUUAAAAGAUGAACCA